UCGGAGUGGCUUCUUGCUCGCGCAUUUGCGCUUUCCUCGCGUUCCGCAGCUAAACUUGGAGAGCUCCAUGCAGUCGCGAAGCUUAAAGAACAAGUUUUGCGGAGAGGAGAGAAGUGCGACCCCGUGCUGGAUGGAUGGUUAUGGGGAAAGGAGCAGGAGGACCUUCGGCGCUUGAAGUCGGCAAGAUCCUUGUUGUGUUUCUUUGCCUGUUUCCUUCUGUGAGUCUGCAGUGUAAGAUCCUCAAGUGUAACUCAGAGUUUUGGGCCUCCACCUCAAGCUCCGGCCCGGAGGAAGAGUUCUGUACUGCGCUGCGGGCGUACAACAACUGUGUACGCCGCACCGCACGCACCUGCAGAGGCGACUUAGCCUACCACUCAGCCCAACAUGGCAUAGAGGAUCUCAUGAGCCAGAACAACUGCUCCAAGGAGGGGCCUACAACUCAGCCUCGAGCCCGGACCCCCGCUCCACCACCACAGCUCCAGCCUGACAGCCAGGAGCGCUCCGAUGGGCCGGAGCAGUGUCAUUACGAACGCAGCCUUCAUCGCCAAGCCUCACCACCCAACUAUACCCACUGUGGCUUCUUUGGAGACCCGCACCUCCGUACUUUCAGCGAUGACUUCCAGACCUGCAAGGUUGAGGGAGCCUGGCCCCUUAUCCAUAACAAAUACCUGUCUGUUCAGGUGACCAACACACCUGUCGUGCCUGGCUCCUCUGCUACGGCCACCAGCAAGUUGACAAUCAUCUUCAAGAACUUCCAGGAGUGUGUGGACCAGAAGAUGUAUCAUGCAGAGACAGACGAGCUGCCUGCAGCGUUCGCCGAUGGCGCCAAGAACGGCGGAGACCGCCACGGGGCCAACACGCUACGCAUCGUGGAGAAGGUGCCUGGGCAGCAGGUGGAGAUCCACGCACGCUACAUCGGUACAACCAUUGUGGUCCGGCAGGUGGGGCGAUACCUGACCUUUGCUGUGCGGAUGCCAGAGGAAGUAGUGAACUCUGUAGAAGACCGAGACAACCAGGACCUGUACCUCUGCCUGCAUGGCUGCCCCGCCAACCAACGCAUCGACUUCAGGACAUUCAGGGCCCGUGCAGUGGAGGGCCAUGGCCUGAGCAGGACUGGCAGCCCUCCCCAUGGGUUUACCUACAAGGCUGCCAUGGCUAAGUGUAAAGAGCGCCUCCCAGUGGAGGACCUGUACUUCCAGUCCUGUGUGUUUGACCUGCUUUCCUCUGGGGACGUCAACUUCACCAUGGCUGCCUACUAUGCCUUUGAGGAUGUGAAAAUGCUCCACUCCAACAAGGACAAAUACCACAUUUAUGAAAAGGAUACAUUUGGGAGUAAUGCGGCGCCAAGGGGAUCAGAUGUGUUCUCGCUAGUCCUCCUCAACUUUCUGGCUGUGUUGUUGUUCAUCUAUAGUCCCCUGCCAACAUCAUCCUCAUUAUGCUAGCUGUCAGUGGGUGUGAAACAGUGCUCUCACCGUGUCAUACUUCACCACCACUGCUCUGUCCUCAGUGGCUGGUGGCCAGUGGAGUCAGCGAGCCCUUCCAUGCCUCUGAGGGGACAGAGCAGCCCAUGUGCAAUCAAACUCAUCGCAGCCAUGGUUUCAUCAUUGUUUUGUUGUUGUCAUCAUGUGUUGACUUUCAUCUGGUGGUGAGGUGAGCUCUAUGUGCUCCCACCUAUCAUUACAUUCAUUCUGCUGGUGUAAGGACUGGUCCUUUGAUGAAGGGGAGCGGUGGUGAGUGAGAAGAGCCCAGGAGCCCCAGUACUUUGGAUAUCAAGCUGGGAUUAAAUUCCACAUUUCCACUGGGACUGCAUGUGCCUAUGGGAAGUGAGAUGAGAUUAUCUCUUGCAGAAAGAAGAGUUUGCUGAUCUCCUCACGGGUUCCAAGCCAGUGGAGCUCUCUGUGGCUCAUGGGUGUGGGCUAGACGACAUGACAGGGGCUUUUGUUAACCUCUGGCCAGAAGUAGCUCCCUGUUUGAUCUUCCAGCUUUGGAAAAGCUGUAGCUUUUUGGAGGAAGCUCUCAGCCAAAAGGAUGUCAGAGCAGCGAGUCUAGUUGUCUGCUGUGGAGAUUAAUAGGUCAUAACGCCAGGUCUUUUGUAACAUUGUGUGUUUGUUUGUCUGUGUGUGUGCGUGCGCACCUCUGUGGUUAAUUGUGUGCUCCAGAAACGGUUGUGUGUGUGUUACUCAAAAGUGCAAGAAAUCUUUCCUUGGGAGAAAUAUUUCCUAAUGUUGUUAUAUUGCACCCCAGGUUCCAAUAUAGACCCGUCAUGGUGGCCUAGAGUCAGUUGAAACUGCCUCUGCCUGCCAAGUGGUUACUUCUAAGUGAACUGGCAGACAGUAAAAAAAUAUUUUCACAACUUUUUACUUGUCAAUCAGUGUCAAAAAGACUUAGUUCAAAUAUUGCUGUUUUUAAAGUGUUAAGUAUGAUAAAUGUAUUUUUUGUAUCAGAUCUAAUUAGGAAUGGAGAUGUUAAUAAGGAAAAAGCCAGGAACAAACUUUACCAAGGGCACACAAUGCAGAAACGCAGAUCACGUUUACACAGUAUCUCUCUUCAUUCAACCCAUCAACCAACCAACUUUCAUGUUCAAUUUCUACAGAUCAUUUGUGAAUGAUUUGUCUUGUCUAGGCAGUCAACAGUUCCCCGCAGAUGUAUGUAUAUUGGCAAUGUGAUGGGUUUGAGAAAGGUAUAGUCACACUAGGUUAAAAUAAAAUGUUUUCCCACCCGUGGUGUGUUUCCACCAAAUGGACUUGUUGCGGAUACAAAUCAGUGUGAUGACGUAGUGCACACAACAUGUACUUUAAGUUCAAUGUGUUUCCAUCGUAUUUUCAACUCGACCGAUAGUUUUGUCACAAAUUGUAGAAAAUGUACCUACUCUGGUCUUGACACAUGCGCUCUAGCCAACAGCUGGCAGAUACAGUGCAGGUAGGCUAGUCUGCAUUGUUAUGGAUAAGAGCAAGAAUAUUUGUCAAAUGGCAGUCAAUCAUCAUGUCACCAGAAUAAGACCCUCAACAUUUAUUGGAAAGGAGCAUCAAGCUCAUCACUGUGCACUUUCACCACCCUGUGAAGUUAAUUUAUUUCAUCUGUAGUCUGAUAAAUAGCAUUGUUUCCCUAGUCGGAGGACACACCAUAUCAUCACGUGACUCCCAAGUUCUUCGAUAUGAUGGUUAUUCUAUUAAUAUUUGUGCACAAAGGGGUUUCCACUGCCAUUUCUCGCAUAAUUAAUUUUUACCAACACAAAAAGAUCCCACCAUGUUGAAUGAACAAAUUAUUUCUCGGCAUUUAUAAAAUUGUACCAAAACCUCCUGUUUCUAACACCACUGUCGUGAUUUGUUUUAUACGGUAUGAUUUUACUCACAUAACUGUGGAUGGAAACGUAGAGAGCAGGCACUGUAUGUAAAAGAGGGUGUUGACAUGGCUCCGCUAUAGGGAACGUACGACUUGCAUCUGUCUGUAGACCUGUUAAUUGAUGGCUUUAAUCUUUGCCAAAGAACAAGCCCUGGUGCCAACAAUUUUCCCAACAGCUGAAUUUUCACUUCUCUCUUUCUCUGAACUUUUGCGAUAGAGUUUCCAUUUGGAUUGUGUAGAACGCUGGUGCUACUACUUGAUUUUGAAUUUAAUCUUCUGUCAUAUGUGACAUGCAUGCAGCUUACAGCAGUGGAGGCUGGUGGGAUGAGCUAUAAGAAGACUGGCUCAUUUUAACGGCUGGAAUGGAAACGAGUCAAACGCAUGGUUUCUAUAUGUUUAUUGUUUAAUGCCUUUCCAUUUAUUCCAUUCAAUGGAGUAAAUUACUUAAGUAAAACACCCCAAAAAUGACUUAAGUAGUACUUUAAAGUAUCUGUAUUUUACUGUUUAUAUUUUUAACAACUUUUACUUUUACUACAUUCCUGAAGAAAAGUAUGUACUUUUUACUCUAUACAUUUUCCCUGACACCCAAAAGUACUCGAUACAUUUUGAAUGCUUAGCAGGACAGAAAAUGGUCAAAUUCGCACACCUGGUCAUCCCUAUUGUCUCUGAUCUGGUGGACUCACUAAACACAUGCUUUGUUUGUAGAUGUUGGAGUGUGACCCUGGCUAUCCAUCUGGUUUGCUUAAUAUAAGGAAUUUUAAAUGAUUCAUACUUUUACUUUUGAUACUUUAGUAUAUUUUAGCAACUACAUUUACUUUUGAUACUUAAGUAUAUUAAACACAUACGUUUAGACUUUUCCUCAAGUAGUAUUUUACUGGGGGACUUGAGUCAUUUUCUAUUAAGGUAUCUUUACUUUUAUUCAAGUAUGAUAUUUGAGUACUUUUUCCACCACUGAUUCCAUUCCAGCCAUUACAAUGAGCUCGUGCUCCUCCCACCAGCCUCCACUGAUCUACAGUACCAUUUUGAGGUGUUUUAGUUUCCCCAUUGCAUUGUCUGUGUAAUUAUUUCAUUCACUAGUAAGCCUAAGGGCUCGUUUAAAUUCGUACAGAGGAAGUUCAGCGAAAUUGAAAGGUAAUUUCUGAUUGAGCAGACACAUGCAGCGUUUAUCGUGAAUGCAGUCUCCGCGAGCCAGGAACCUUCCCUUUAAAUGUCAAUCAUGCUAUAGUGCUGAACUUCCACGAUACAGAUUUAAUCAAGUUGUAAAUCUUGAGGCUGAGGUACUAAUACUUCAAAGGCAUGUUAUAUGAAGAAGACAUUGAACCUUUCAUUCUGGUUGGAUCUUUAUUUUGCAUUAUUUGUUGUAUACCCAAGUAAGGAUAAAACCUUGUCAGACGAUUUGCUUUGGGGUUUUUUUCAAUUUCAUCUCGGUUGAAUAUUUUGUGUGUUUUACCUUCCUAGUCCCUUAGCACUCAUCUAUUAAACAACUUAACAAGGUAAUAUAUCCUUACACUGAAGUAUUUGCCCUAACUACUGCUAUGGGAGCAUGUGCAGUUUGUUCUUAGUCUGGCCUAAAAAGAUGAUCAAAGAAACAAAAAUGAUUGUAACACUGAAUCUUGUGUUUAUAGAUGUAAUUUGUAUUGUGAGUUUGAUAUAUGGUUCUACAUGUGUAAUGUGUGAUUGUAUAUAUGUUUGUGUUGAAUUGCUAAAAUAUUGUAUUAUCUGAUGUGUUGAAUUUAUCACUACAGUUUUGUAUAUGAGAAAAGGUUUGUUGAAUGUGACCUUUAUUUAAAAAGGAUUUAGUGAAAACGUGAACAUUACAAAGCUGUUGGGUUGUCAGGGCCUAGUUUUCAGCUAUCAAUUAAUGGCAGGAUCUCUAUACUGGUUACUGUAGUUUCAGAGCAUUCCUUUACCUGCUCAGGAGCAGACAAGUUAACCUUGAUUCCAUCCACCUAGAUAUCUACAAAGGGAAUACAAGAAAGUUUGUUUGGUGUUCAUGUCUUUAAUUUUAAAGCACUUUAUGUUUUUUCACUUGGCUCUUACUUGGUUUGAACUUGAUUGUGAAUAGAGGUUGUCAGACUUGUAACGGUAGAAAAAUAUGGAAUAAAAAAAACAUGUCCGAUUGGGAGAAGCCAGAAAGAUCAAAUUGUGUAUGUAGGACAAAAGCGGUGCCACACAAACUGUUUAUACUGUAAAGUAUUUAUUAAAUAAAAGAGACAGCACCCAAA